AUGAAGGGCCCGGGGAAUCUGCUCGUCCUCUUGGGCAUAUCGACAUGCUCCUCCACUGUUUUGGCUGCCUCGAGUGAGGCUUCGUCCCGUCCGCGAGGAGUAGGACCUGAAUUUGCAAAAUUCUACAAGGAUACCACCUCAUUCAGCUGCAUUUCCCAUCCAGCAAUCAAGAUCCCCUUUGCCGCCGUCAAUGACGACUACUGCGACUGUCCGGAUGGCAGCGACGAGCCAGGCACGUCGGCCUGCUCUCAUCUCUCCCGCCUGUCGCCCUCGACAUCUGGUGACCAUCCUGCAAACGAAGGUAUCAACCUGACGCCCGCCCUUCCCGGUUUCCACUGCAAGAACAAGGGCCACCAAGCCGCAUACAUUCCAUUCCAGCGAGUGAAUGACGGUGUCUGCGACUACGAUAUCUGCUGCGAUGGCAGCGACGAGUGGGCGCGUGUCCGCGGCACCAAGUGCGAGGACCGAUGCAAGGAGAUUGGCAAAGCAUGGCGGAAAUCCGAGGAGGCGAAACAAAAAUCGCUGAACGCAGCAUUGAAGAAAAAGAAAGAGCUUGUGGCCGAAGCCGGCCGUCUGACUAAAGAAAUCGAAGACCGCAUUGCCGACCUUGAAGUCGAGGUCAAGGCCCAAGAGACCAAAAUCCAGGCUAUGGAGGUCGAUCUCGAGAGAAUCGAAAAAGAGGAGCGCGGAAAAGUGGUCAAGGGAACCAAGAAAGGCAAGGUUUCUCUGCUGGCCGGUCUCGCCAAGGCCCGCGUGAACGAGCUCCGCGGAGCUCUGGAUGAAGUGCGCGGCCAGAGAGAUGACAGCCGGUCACGAGUCAAGGAGCUCGAAGAGAUCCUGUCCAAAUUUCAGGUUGAAUACAACCCCAACUUCAACGACGAGGGUGUCAAACGCGCUGUACGCAGCUGGCAAGAUUACGCGGCCAAGGGGGCUGCUGGGGAUUACUCAGAGGAGGCUGCCAAGGACCGCGAUUUCGAUGCGAUUGCAAAGGAAGAUAGCGAGACGUCUGGCGUCAAUUGGGAACACUGGGAGAAUCAAGACGAUAGUAACGAUGUUGAUAUUGUCUACAAAUUAUUGGCCUAUCUCCCGCCUCCUGUUGUCGAGUUCCUCGAGGACAAGUUUCACAGUGCCAAAAAGUUCCUUGUCGACAACAACAUCAUCCCCGGAUCUAACAGCGAGUCUGGGUCCGAGUCCAAGGCCGUGACGGAGGCGCGAGAUGCGCUCAAGGCCGAAAAGUCACUGUUGGACCGACACACCAACUCGAUCAGAGACCACCGGGCCGAUCUCGAAAGGGACUAUGGCGCACAAGACAUCUUCCGUACUUUCAAGGGAGUGUGCGUCCAGAAGGACUCUGGAGAGUACACAUACGAACACUGCUUCCUCGACAAGACCAGGCAAAUCCCCAAGAAAGGCGGUGGCACAGUGACCAUGGGCAAUUACAAGGAAAUCAUCACAGUCGCCGUCGACGAAGUCAACCCGGCCGGCGAGAUCCAGCAAGUAGACAAGGUGGCUCUCGAGUACACGUCCGGCCAGCAAUGCUGGAAUGGACCCGCGCGGUCGACGACCGUCAUCCUUGAAUGCGCGGAGGAAAAUGAGAUUCUCAAGGUGAUGGAAGACGAAAAGUGUGUUUAUUCGAUGCUGGUUACGACGCCUGCGGUCUGUGGCGACGCCAAAGAGAAGGAGUCGUCGCGUAAAGAUGAGCUGUAA